CGCCGCUCUGGUCGAGCCAGUCACAAUCGUGUGCUCCCCGCGAUCGGCAGCUGUCCGCCUGCGUCUUCCCUCGGCUUCUCCGCCGCAUCCCGGAGCACGGACUGACGCGCGCGCGCUGUUCCAUCGCGCGUCUGUUGUUUGAUUUUCAUCUCCCUCUACCUGGAUUACGGCGUGAGCCUCGUGACACUCGCUCUGCGUCGGAAACCAAGUCCCUAUGACGACGAUACCUCACUCCCGACUGACAUAAGAAGCCGGGGACAUGAUCAGUUGAACAAGGACCCUGCUCCAGCGGACCAUGCGUCACUUCUCUUUGAGAGUCCUCACCUUCGUCAGCCUGCUCUACCUGGCAGUGUCGCAAAGUCCACCGGUCCUCAAAAAGGACGAUGAAAGGACACUGCACGAGGUAGUGGCCGGUGACACGGUGCGGCUCCGGUGCGCCGUCUCAGGACAACCACGCCCGUACUUGGUCUGGUAUCACGAAGAGAGCGAACUGACGACGGCGCCACCACGUGAGAACGUCCGCAUGUCACGUUACGCGCUCACGAUCCAGAACGCGCAGCCGCGCGAUGGCGGCCGCUACUUCUGCAAGGCGUACAACGACCUGGGCGAAGCCUGGAAGAACUUCACUGUGCGAGUGGAAGUCCCUUCUGGAGACCAAGCAAAGGUUCUGGAGAACAUUCUUCACUCACGAAAUGCAAGCACGGUUACUGCGCCGUCUGUGGACGAAACAAAAGAAAUCACGGAAAAGCUAGAGCCACCGACUUUUGUGAAAUUGAAUCCUCAGUUGGUGGUGCAGCCUGCCGGAAGCAACGUGAUGUUGCCGUGCCUGGUCAAGGGCAACCCCCCGGCGAACGUGACGUGGCUGAAAAACGAUCAGCCGCCGACGCGACUGCUGGGGAAAAAGGUCAUUUACAAGGCACACAAGUUGUCAUUGAACGACGUCAUGGUGUCCGACGCGGGAAAUUAUACCUGCAUGGCCGUCAAUUCUUUGGGGAACAUCAGCUACACCUACACAGUUGAAAUCAAAGAACGAAUUCCGCUUCGGCCAAUCAUCUACGAGGACUCCAUACAGAACCUGACCGUCUACGUCGGAAAGCAAGCACGCUUCGAAUGCCGUUUUAUAAGCGACCUGCAGCCACACAUCCGCUGGCUACGGCAUUACUCGGUGAACGGCUCGUACUUCCAGAACGACGACGAGACGACUCCCUACGUCACUGUCGUUCAGAGUGCGAAUCAGAGCAUAGAUGAUCCACGAGUCCUCGUGAUCGACAACGUUACGAUGGAUGACGAAGGCUGGUACACUUGUCUAGUUGGCAAUAGCGUUGGCAUCAGCAACAAGAGCGUCUAUUUGAAUGUCGAGCCAUUGCCGCAACCUGAGAAGUCCAGCUUCACCAUGACGCUCCUCAAGCAUCCGUGGAUGUUGGCGCUGGCCACUGUGCUGGGCGUGAGCGCCAUAGUGGGCGUCAUCACCACGCUCGUCUGCCGCUCCGCCAUGCUGUCACUGCAGCAGAAGCUCGACGUAGCCCAGAAGCAGCAUGAGGUCGUCCGUAAGAAGGUCAUCCUCGAGCGUCACGUUUCGGAUUCUGGACACUAUGAAGACUCCUCCAUAGCUCCACUAGUCAAGAUCGACCACCAGAGGGGCUUCAUGUCAACGGACUUGAACACCGUUUGCGAAUACGAGUUGCCUCUGGAUCCUGAAUGGGAAUUUCCCAGGGAAAGGCUCGUCCUCGGCAAGCCUCUGGGAGAGGGAGCAUUCGGCCAGGUUGUCAAGGCAGAGGCGUAUGGCCUUGGCGACAAAGAAGGACCCACUAUCGUGGCCGUCAAGAUGCUGAAAGAUGGGCAUACUGACAGCGAAAUGGCCAACCUCGUUUCCGAGAUGGAGGUGAUGAAGACCAUCGGAAAACACAUCAACAUUAUUAACCUGCUUGGAUGUUGCACGCAAGACGGCCCGCUUCAUGUGAUAGUCGAGUACGCUGCCCACGGAAACCUCCGCGACUUCUUGCGCACCCACCGUCCGAGCUCUGGUUACGAGCAAGCCAUCGGGGCUGACUUGAAACCAAAGACGUUGACGCACAAGGACCUGGUCUCGUUUGCGUACCAAGUUGCUCGUGGGAUGGAAUACCUUGCCUCUAAAAAGUGCAUUCACCGUGAUCUGGCAGCGAGAAACGUGCUGGUCGUGGAGAACAACGUCAUGAAGAUCGCCGACUUCGGUCUGGCGCGGGACUUGCACAACAUCGACUAUUACAAGAAGAAGUCUGACGGACGUCUGCCUGUCAAGUGGAUGGCGCCCGAAGCUCUGUUCGAUCGAGUGUACACCACGCAGAGCGACGUGUGGUCCUACGGCAUCCUUCUCUGGGAGAUCAUGACACUUGGUGGCACUCCGUACCCGUCUGUGCCCAUCGAAAAGCUGUUCCAGUUGCUCAGAGACGGACACAGGAUGGAGAAACCGCAAGGCUGUUCGCUUGAAGUGUAUGUGAUAAUGAGGGAAUGCUGGAACCAAUCGCCAUACCAGCGGCCAACCUUCACGGAACUCGUGGAAGACCUCGACCGGAUCUUGACGUUCGCCACGGACCAGGAGUACCUGGACCUGUCUAUUCCUGUGCUGGACACGCCACCCAGUUCCUCCGAGAGCGAGUCCUCUCUCUCGUUCACCGCGCACCACGCGGCCGUGUGAAGAAGCUGCCUAGUCGCGCAUCUGCUGCCUGAUGGGCGUCAGGGCGGCCACACGCUGCUGCACAUCCAGGCCUGCGGCGCACGCUUCCUGCACGAGGCAGCGUCCUCUGUAAAAAGCUGUGAAUAGCUCGGUGUAAAAUGAAAAUUGGAUGUUAUUUAUUAUGUAAGUAUCGCUCAUUUCAGGGAUUGACUUCAUGCCCAUUACUGUCUACGCGAAGCAGCGGACUCGCGCUGGGUCGUGUUAAAUUUCAAGGGUGCCGCAGAGGACACGAUAGCUAUUUUUUUAGCCUAUAGCUUCAAGCGAGCCUAAACUGGCAGCAUUAAGCGGCCAUUCCUGCUGGUAUCUUCAAGUGCAAUGUUCUCUAAAGUGCAAUGGCCGUCUCCUCAAUGCGCACAAAUGUUCAACAAUGUAUGUACGUUGCUCUCUUCAGUGUGCAACGCAAGGGCAGCUGAAGAUAGUUUUUCUUCCGGUGUUCCGCCAGCUGUUCACGUAGUUCGUUUUUCAGCACCCCGCAGUGAUUUCUUCUUAAAUUUGCCUUUCAGACAUAAGUGUAAUAUCCCGUUUGUGCCCCUCCCGUAGAGCCGUGUUCAAACGUAUGUUGAACUCGUAUACGGUAAACGUUGACGUUAUAUUUGAAAUGAAAUUCGAGGCCGCCUCACAGAUCAAUGUUGCUGUUUACAAACCACCAGCCGCCGAGCGCUUGCACGUGCCUCAAUCCCUGUGUCCGACUGAACGCGAUACCCUAUCCAUCGACGGCAGGCAAGCGUAGCAGCAGCUGCAGAAGACUACGUCGGGCUCAUGACGUUUCCCCGGGGGACGCGUGAACGCUAUAGGCGCUGAGCAAAAAGCUGUUCCAUAGACGCUCAUUACAAGAGUUCCAGCACAAGCGCGCCAGACCAGCCAUUUGAUGCACGAGCGAGAAGCCGCGUUAGUCCGAUGCCCCUUCUUAGCGACUGCUGCAAUUGACAAGCAGCUCUCCGAGUGCUACAUACUGGUAGACAUUUCAGUAUACAGCGCCUACGAAGAGCGAUCCGCUUGUAAGCGUCCCACUUGCGCUGACCGCUGAACCUCCAUCUGUGUGUGUUGCCGCACCAGUGUCUUGUGCUGAGAAAACGGGGCCGUGCAAAAGGCAGAAAGUUGUCAUUGUUUACACCUGUAGAAGCUAUCUGAAGAGCAUCUACAAUUCUACGCUGUGUCUUGAGAAAAGAAAACAGAAUACUAGCAUCUCUUUUCAAUGGCGGUGAAUAAGCCCACUGCAAUUUGAAAGUGCAGCGGUGCACGAAUGAGGUCCAAUGGUGCACAUCGCCUUAUGAACAAAAUGACAUAUUUCGCAAAUAAAAAACUAAAAAAGAACGUUGUACUUUCCUUGCGUUAGUAACCGAUCGGGAAUAUUCCAUCUUAUGACUGUUUUGUGUGAACAACCCCAAGUUUGUUAACGCCCUAAUUUGAAAUAUGAAUAUAAAAGUACUGUCAUUUGAAAAACAGGUGUAGAAGCUAUGCAUGAUAACCACUUCAUGCUGCUAGCAAACUUGUUACCUAAAACAAAAUAUCGAGUCUUAACAACAAAAAAAUGAUUCACAGGUGUUGUUACGAUGUUCUCCAGUAAAAAGGGAGACUUCCACAAACCAGUAUCCUUUCAUUUUCCAGCACCAACACACGCUAUUUUGCACGGCCUUGUCUUUUGUGGAGCUUUUAAGCGUGUUUAACAUUGUAAGUGCAAUGCCUAAAAUACGUCGUUGUUUAUUAUUAUUGCGAAAUGUGAUUCAGUAAACACAAUACACAAUAUGUUAAACAUGUUCUUGUCACUCUCCAUGUGCUGGAAAAUGUGUCAACACUGUGACUUAUGAUGUACACGCAACCAGUCGAUAUUCAGCAAUGAAAAAGAUUUUAUUUUAACAUUUACAUUUGGUGAGAGAGAGAGAGUACAAAUAAUGUCGUCAUGCUCAUCAUGUCUUUGCAUUUAUGUAAAUACUUCCUCUUUACUGUCCACACUUGUUUUGGUUUCUGUAAAAUAAAAUCUGCUUCACAAAUUGACGUAAAAAAAA